UUAGUGAUGCAGGACAGUACUUCGGAACAAAUAUGAGCUUAAUUUAAAGACAUUCUGAGGUUGGACCAGAGCUGCUGCUCGUUGUGCAGGUAGAAGAGGCUCCUGACGCAGUCCUGCACAGAGGAGAUGGGUCGGUACCCGGUCAGAACGUACUUGUUGAACUGCAGGUGAGGAGGCGAGUUCGCCCAGUCCAGCAGCCGCGGUCCGUUCAGGAAAGCCAUGGCGCAGAAGAGCGUCAGCAGCACCGCGCUGAGCAGGUAGAGGGCGGACCGCGCACCGAUGUAAACGUUCAGCAGGAUGAUGGCCACCAAGACCUUGUGGGAAACCAUCGGUGUUUCUGUCGUGCCGUUAGCCGCUUAGCUCGUUAGCUGGUCCCUCGACAGAAGCCGGCGGCGGCGCGCUUCGCUCUGGACCACCGCUGCUGGAGGCAGACUCGACCGGGCGCACGCAUGAUGCAGACUCGGGGCGGUCACUGAAGCAUCGAGGCGUGUGCUGCAGCCGGACACGGGGACCAGGGGGAAGUCAUGGUGGAGCCGCUUCCUCGCUGCGAGUUAGCAUUCCGGCGGGCUGGAGGAUGCUGUCGGACUCGGACGCGCUCGUGCGAUCAGACCCGGUGAUACCCGCUCCCCCAGCAGGGGUCACGGGUGAGCGUGGCGGUGAUGCGGCGAGGAGGAGCGUGAUUCCUGAGCCGAGAUUUCAGGGAGGAAUGCGGGGCUAGCAGAGCCGGCUACCGCUGCCGCGCGAAUGGGACGCGCGGACCUCCACCCGCGGAAGCCGCACACACGAGUUUCCCACCACAAAGUCCGUCAGUCGCUGGUUAGAAACCGGUCCGGGUUUCAUUUAAGAAGUGAGAAGCCCCGGGACAGUCUCGCCUGACGGCCUCAGUUCCCUGCAACGCCUCGGCUCCGUGUCAAGCACCACAGGAGGAAUAAAACGGCGUUUCCACUCGCACCUUUCAAAAUAAAACAUUCUCUGCCACUGCGUACGUCCAUUUCCGGAACUGCCGCACCUCCCUUAAAUCAAUGAAAUAGAACAAAUACCAAUAGGAAUAUGAAAAUAGAACAAAUACCAAUAGGAAUAUGAGAUCAGCACUCACGCAUGUGCGCUUGGAACAACGGUACACUAGAUGCCACAGUUGAGGUUGUAGUUAAAGUCUCUUUUGACUGAGCUUCUCUGUAUCCAAGAAAGAGUCAAGAUGGUCGUCCUUUGGCUCAACUCUUUCGUCACCAUGAUACGGAGUCCUCAGGACUGACCUCUGACGUCUCACUGGGAACUGUGAUAGUUACCAGCAGUGGCCUGAUGGUGCCAUCGUAGCCAUCGUCGACCAAAGAAAGAGCCAUCAAUCCUCUCCACACGAUGAAGAGGUGAGAGGUUUUGCAGCCACGGCAGCUUCAUGAGCCCCCCCACCCUCCUUCCCUCGCUAUAGUAGGUCAGUGCUGAAUGACUGUAUUCCGAUGGCUUGUUGAUUCAAUUAAGCAUGUAAGCAUUGGAACAGUCAAACGAGAACACGAUGAGCAGCUUGCAAUGCAAAUGACGACGCAAAUUUCACAAUCUAAUAAACACAUCUGAAUCUUUACGUCAAACUGCGUCUGGGGUCCAAAACGAUACAAACAUCUUCCAGCAGAUGUGACUGCUGUCGUGCUUUGGUGGUUCGGAAGUGACUGAUGUUCUGUGACAGUUGAAACCAUGUUUAGCAAAAGGCAGCUGGCUUUGUUUGGACGCACAGAUGUCAUUUUAUGCAGUCGCUUUAUCGUCGCCUCAUUCUCUGCGGUGCAUGUGUGCAUCAAUGCCGAGAAGUUCUUUUUAGGUUUCGUUGACAGGUUAAGCACUGGAAUGAAAAGAAACAUUAUUUGUUGUUGUGAAAGGUGACUCAACUCUGGAUAAAUCGGCUGGACGAUAUUGAUGACUCAUAUUUUACUUUGAAGGGUUGACUUGUUCAUUUCUGUCAGAGCGCACUUUGAUGCUCCGCUGCACUAACAGUGCAGAGGAGAAAAUGAAGUCACAAAGGGCAAAAAAUGAACAGAUCACUGUCACGUCAGUAGACGGUAAUUUAUUCACUAAAGAGCUGUAGACUACCUUUCUUUGUCAGUUUAGUAGCAGCCCACAUCGGAGAUGGACCUGACCCAUUAACCUCACGAUGCACUCUGUGACCCAUAAAAUGGGGAGAUUUCACAGUCUGCAUACUGGGAAUCUUUAGAUUCUGUUUACAGUACCCUGUAUUUGGAUCAUCACGAACCUCAGCGUGAUCGCCAGGAGAGAGCUCACGGUGGAAACAUAUGAGCUUGGAAGUGGUGUGUCCGAGGUGCACUUGAAGGCAGCAGGUGACGCAGUGUAAUCCUCUAAUGGAGGAGGACAGAUGAAUCACACCACCUCCACCUCUCACCCCUCUCUGCUGACACGCAGGCGCCUGCAUCAUCACUUCUGCGGGUCUCUGACUGGACAAGAGCUCGCACGCUAUGAACAAAAGGAUUUUCAUCUUCAAAAAUAGGUCAAGUGUUACCCCCUUCCAUGUCAAAGAUGAGAACUGCUUUGUCUUUCCAGGAUACUCUGGACUCACUAGCACCUUCUGAUCCACCCGUACGUCCUGAAUUUCUCAAGUCUCUGGGUCUGGACUGUCCAGAACCGUCAAAUCCAUGAGGCCAUAAGACUGGAUUCCUGUGCUCUUGCUAGUUCCCAACAAACUCUCAAGAAGAUUUCAGACCAACAGAACACAAGCCUGUAGAACUGUGCCACAGCCAACCCUCACCUCAGAGAGACGCUGGGUUUGUGGUCUCCUCGUCUCUGACAGGAAAGGACCGCCUUUCUUUCUGUCACUCAGCAUCAAGUGGAACUCGGAGGCCAGCAGCUCCUCCCCAGUGUAGCGUCAGUUUUCUUACUCGCCUUGAGACCACCAUGAUGUCACCUCCUGCCAACGCUUUUAUAAACAGGCAGAGGACGAGUCCUGAAAUCGAUCAGACUUGACAAGGCAAGAUCAAAUCCUGCACCCAACCAGACAUGCUUUGGAGCAUCUGUUCAUGUGGCUUCAUGCUGCUGACUCUCCUGCAGUCUUCUGAGCAGUCCUGCAGUGAUGGGACGCCUCGACAGUGCGCGGAGGCAGAAAUGGCUCCCGGUGCCAACCUGGCAGGCGAAGGCUUCGACAUCACCACAAUGGAACGCAAGGGUGCGUUUGUGCUGGAAAUGAACAAGUGGAAACGCAAGGACAAGACGUGCACGCUCUGCGUGAACCCUUUCAUGGAGAACAAGAUGCAGAAGCUUCCGCUGAUGGCCGAGGACUGGAGGCCCAAGCAGUCGUGCAGCAACACGGUGACCAGUAAGCUCUACCGCUCCAGUGAGUCGCUGGUCGCCUCCAUUUCCUCCUCCAUUGAGAACAACUGGGACACCAACAUUAACGCCGGACAUGGUAAGCACAGCGCCUCACUGACGCUCUCUGGCAGCCACUCCAAACUGGCUGACUACUCAAACCAGAAGACCAAGAACGACAAAUACAGCUUUGUUAGCCAAAGCAUGAGCUGCAGCUACUACAGCUACAGGGUGUCCAGCUUCCCCUCGAUGCACAGGGACUUCAAGAAAGCCACCAAACAGCUCCCGGAGUCCUACAGUCCUGAGAACAAGCAGCAAUUUUACAAACUGAUCAACAUCUUUGGCACCCAUUUCAUCACCAAGGUCAAACUGGGAGGUGCCAUUAACUCUGUGACCAGCGUACAGGAUUGCAUGGCUAACCUGGAAGGGGUCAGCGUGAACGAUGUUCAGCUCUGCCUGGGGGUCGAAGCAUCUCUUAACAGUGUGGUCGAGAUCAAUUCCAAAUACAAUCACUGCAAGAAGCAGAAUGACAAGACAGAAAACAAGGCAUCGUUCGCCACUCGCUUCACGGACAGGUUCACUGAGAUCAAGGGGGGUCAUACCACGGAACCGGAUAUUCUUUUUGCUUCUGAAAAAAAUCCAGGUGCCUACAAGGAAUGGUUGGCGACGGUUCCCCAGCAUCCAGAUAUCAUUUCAUAUUCCCUGGAAUCUUUGCACGAGUUGCUGCCUGCUAACAGCCGCGCAAAAGAGAACCUGCACGCCGCGAUCAAGCACUAUAUCCUGGAGAGAGCUCUGUUCAAGAACUGCAGCAGCAAAUGCCAGAGCGGCAUCAAGUCUGACCGCCGGGAUCCAUGUGUCUGUCAGUGCCACAAUGAUCCCGCAGUCACCCCAGACUGUUGCCCCACAAAAAGAGGAAUGGCCCGGGUUAUUAUCACAGUUCAAAAGGGCUCUGGUCUUUGGGGGGACCACACCACAGCCACCGAUGGCUAUGUUAAGGUCUUCUUUAACAACAAGCAAGUCGGACGCACCCCGGUUAUCAACAACAACAACCAGCCACACUGGGCCAUGGCUUUUGACAUCGGCACCCAGGAUCUGACUCAGGGGAACAAGGUCAAGUUCGAAGUAUGGGACGAGGACAACAAAUGGGACGAUGACUUCUUAGGAGCCUGUCAGCAGGUUUUGAGCGAUGGGGUCAAGGAAGACCUCUGUAACCUGAAUCACGGCCAGAUGUACUUCAAGCUGGAGGUAAAAUGUGCUCCAGCUCUGCGUGGAGAGACGUGCACUGAAUACGAGCCAGUACCAAUGCUCCCGAGCCUGAGGGCGACGUUCGUGUCCCGCCACUCGCACCGCGUUCCGAAAGCUCUCCUGUUAGAGAUGGGGGUGUUUGUAGAGGAGCAGAAGCUCUGGAGGAACCAGUCAAAUCAUGACAAGAUGUAGGCUAGGCCUUGUGUUUUAAGGCCACAUUUUUCAACCUUGUCUCGAAAGUGGUACUGCUUGUUUGUUUCAUUUUCUUGUGGGGGAUUACCUAUUAGCAGAGGCAUAUUUGAGAUGACUGAAUAGUUGUGACUCUGCUACGGCCACUUUUGCUUUGGAAUUUUAUGAUCUAGGUAAAGAAUUCUGUCACAGCUUUUGAAUGUCAUAUGUCGAAGUCUCGUAACGUCUGACGUCGAGUUUACCCCAUAAUACUUGACUUCAUUCAGCGCUUUCCUUUCAAAUGUGCAAAGGUUUUCUUCAUCUCAGCAAUAAAGACAAUACGCCUCACAUCGGAA